AUUCCGCUGGGCUACAAAGCUUGACACUUUCUUCCACAUCGGGAGAGAUGCGCGGGCUACAUUUCACAACUCCCGCUUUCCCUAACCGUCUUCUUCAUCUUCUCUCAUCUUCUUCGUCUUCAUCUUCACUGUUCUUCUUUUCCCUCGUCCUGCUUCCUUCUCUUCGGUUUGAUCCUCUCUCCAAUUCUCUGUAUUCUACUGUUACUCCCAGUGGCAAUGGGAAAUUGGAUGAACAAGGAGCCUCCGCCUCCUAUGGUUCUUGUUCCGCCGCUCUUCGAUUAUCCUCCGCUUGCUGCUCGUACCAGGAUGUUGGAGUCAUCAUAUAAUCUGCUAUUCGGGAAGCUUGCUUUAAAAUGUCUUUUCGAGGAAUAUUUCGAUGAGGCAAGGCAUUUUAGCACAGUGAUCAUGCUUAAGCCCAUUGAUGACCCUCACGUGGAUUUAGUCGCAACUGUAUCAGGUCCACUCGAUCAUAAACCUGAGGAGAUCAUAGGGAAUGCCCUGUUUCGAUGGCAAAGUGGCAUUGAUGAUCCCCAUACAUUUAUGGACCUCUAUGUAUCGAACUCUGAUCCGGUUUUACAAAUGAGAUCAUGUGCAUACUACCCCAAAUAUGGCAUUGGAGCUUUUGGUAUUUUCCCAGUCAUACGGAAGAAAAGAUUAUGUUCUGAGGACUUUGGUCUAAUGGGGCUCAGAUAUGGCUCAAGGAAUCUGUCAGUUGGAAUCACACUUAAGCCUUUCUCCUCGAAAGAUGAACUACCUAAAAGUGCAUGGCUGGUCAGCAAGAUGGGGAGGCUAACUACUGGAGUGCAGUUUGAGCCACAAUAUGGGAAUAAAGAUGGUGGGUCAUUCAAAAAUUUAAUGAAUUGGAGUUGUGCCAUUGGCUAUGAUGUGGGUUCGGGGAGCCCUUUGAGCCCAUCUUUCAAUUUUGGUCUUGAACUUGCAAAAAAUUCACAGUUCAUUGCUUCAUUCUAUCAACAUGUGGUGGUUCAACGGAGGGUGAAGAACCCCCUUGAAGAAAAUGAAAUUGUCGGAAUCACAAAUUACAUUGACUUUGGCUUUGAGUUGCAGACUAGAGUUGAUGACGUGAAACCAGAAAAUAAUAUUCCCGAUUCCACUUUUCAAAUAGCAGCAUCAUGGCAAGCGAAUAAAAAUUUCUUACUGAAGGGGAAGGUGGGCCCUCUUAGCUCCUCACUUGCUAUGGCAUUCAAGUCAUGGUGGAAACCUUCAUUUACUUUCAGCAUCUCAGCUAUCAGGGAUCGUAUAGUUGGAAGAACUGCAUAUGGAUUUGGCAUCCGUGUUGAAAAUCUUAGAGAGGCCAGUUAUCAAAGAGCCGAUCCAAACUUUGUGAUGCUUACACCAAGCAAGGAACACCUGGCUGAGGGCUUGAUUUGGAAAAUUGGGAAGAGACCGAUGCUGCAGUCGGAUAUAAAUGCUGGAAAUUUUGAUGGCAUUCCGAAUGAAUUAAGACCCUUGAACAAGAUUUUGUGAACUUUUUCCCCUGUCAAGUUUCUACCUGACACAAGCAAACGUGGCUUCUUAUCCUGAAGAACAGAAGAUGGUUCCCUUGUAAUUUUGGAUUAGAAUUAACUCUAGUAUAGGACUUCAAAAAAAUGUUAAUUCUUUCCCUCUUCUGGCCUCUUCCACUGACAAGGAGAGGCCUAGAGUGGGAAGUAGUUGCCAGGAAUUAAAAUGAGAUUUUUAGACAGUCAGGUGAUGGCCAGUUAUCUGUUGUUUCCUCGUAUGUGCUUUGUCUUUGCAUUUUGUCGAGUUCAUAAGGUUCUGGCCAUCAGGAUAGCCUAAAUGUGUUAUUCUAAACUAAAAAGUUCUGAAAAUUUUUCCAAAUGCUUUUCGUUUGAUUC